UUCUGCUGGAUGGUUGCUUUGACAGGGAGCUUGACGGAUAAGCGAAUGAUUUAUCCAAAAUUAAGGCAUUUAAAUGAUAUCACGAAUAUUCCGAGGAGAAAAUGAGAAUGCCGCCGUUAAAAGAAAAAGACAGAUCGAUACAUUGAAAAUUUUCAACGAGAAUGUUGUGGAGUUGCGGGAAGAUGUGGAAUAUCAAGUUUUGUUUGAUGCUGGGGACCGGAGAAUGGCUAUUUUGGUUUCGCUAUCCCCUGAGUUUCCAUUGGAAAAGCCAGUUCUAAGAGUUUCACCGCCGAUAAAACAUCCCUGGUGUAAUGAACACAGUGAAAUCGUUAGUGCUCCAGGUCUGCUACAUUUUACAGUGCAUAGUGAUCUUGGGCGAGUUGUACAAGUUAUCGUCAGGGAAUUUAGUAGAAAUCCACCUCAAUUAUUAGAAGACAGUUCUCCAUCAUCCGCUGUACCAUUACGAGAUGUACAAGGAAGAGCCUCUCCAUCUUAUACUUUACAACAAUAUACUGAUCUCCCAUCGACAUCAUUUAACUUAUACUAUAAUGCUCAGUUCCCGCAAUCACCAGCUUUGAACUCCACUAGUAAUGCGUAUGAUUACAACUAUACUAGCACGGGUAAUACAUACGUUUCAGACAGCUAUACGAAACUAUUCCCUAGUACAUCACAUCAUCCUGGGUACAAUGCGAGCUCAAGCAGUUCUUUACACACAACAAAUUCCAUGCAUUAUUCAUCGAAUCAACAUGCUGCUACAUAUUUGAAUUCUCAGUACACAAGUCCCGGUUAUGGAACAUCAACACAAGGUCAAACACAGACUAAAACGCCACAGAGCUUAGUGUUUCCAGAACUUAAUAAAUUGAGCAUUGAAGAACUGAAAAAGCUCAAUGGAGACGAAGAUAGAUUAGAUGAAUUUUUGGAAAAGCAUACACAGUUAAAGGAAAUUAAUACUGCGAUAGAAGAUACAAUGGAUUGGGUAGAAAAAACAGCCGUGGCAAAUCUUACCAAAGAAUCUGAACUUAGGCAAUUGCGAGAAGAUGUUGCAGAGAAAGUGGACACGGUUGCUAUACUAAAAGCUCGUUAUGACAAGCUGAUACAACGGUAUAAUAAGUUAUCUGAAGUAUUUGCACCUGAUCAUAUUAAAGAAUGCCUUAAGCAAGCAGCAGAUGAGAGCCAUGAAAAAAGUGAAAGCAUAGCUGAGGACUUUCUUGAUAGAAAAAUUGACGUUGAACGUUUCUUAAGUACGUAUAUUGAGUGUCGAAAGUUAGGUCAAGCAAGAAGAACCAAGGAGGAAAAAUUGGCACAUCAGUUGAACGAAUUAAAACGGGCAGGCUACUGAAUCGUCGCAAUUCAUAUUUCUAUGAAAGCCGAACAAAGUGUAAAUAACUUUUAGUUAAAUUAAAUAAUAUUACGAAUUAAAUUGUCUCGGCAUUUGUCGACGGUACAUGCCUCAGAAAUUUUCGCUACCGAAAAAUAAACGUGCUCAUGUGAACAUUAUAUGGUAUUAAUAUGUAUUAAAAAGAUGAUAGUGGCGUCAUUUCUAAGUUUCAAAUUAAUUUGAUCAAGCGACAAUUAAGAAACUGUAUGAUUCUUGUUUAAUAGUUUAACGAACGUACGCGAGGUAUAAAGAUUUUAAAAAAGAUUUGAGCUUCUGUUUCCGUCAAAUUACAUUCCAGUCAUCUAGCAUAGUUAUUAUUUUUUGUACAUGAAUUUAUAGUUUUUAAAUAGUAUUUAAGCACAAGCAGAACAGCAUACUACAGAUUUUUUUUAAACAUAUGUUUCAAAUUCAAUGUGGCAUGUGGCAAUAUUAUUUUUUAUCAAAUGUUUGUUAUAUUCGCAGUUGAAAUUGUAAGAUUUCCUUAGCAUAUCCAGUAAUGGAAGAAAGAAUACAUCACAUAAGAAUCAAAUUAAUUUGAAACAUACUUGUCAAUGUAUAGAAAUGUCAAAUAGAAACUGUAAGAAUUAUUUAUGCUGUCGAUGCGCUGUGAGGUAUGUCGUGUUCUCAAUUUCUAAGAGACACUUUUUUACUAUGUAAAUAAAAUACAUAGGAUAUCUAAUUAAAUCAAUUUUUAAAUGUU